GAAAAACGUGCCGGAAGUGUUGUGUUUGUACACAGCGAAAUUAUUCCCGAAUAAACAACCAUCCUUCUCGAAAUGCAUCAUGCCAAGUUUAUCGCACGCACUGUUUUAGUGCAAAAGAACAACGUCGAGGAAGCUUGCCGAGUCCUGAAUCGCAUUCUAGGCAAGGAGGAGAUUUUCGAUCAAUUCCGGCGUACUCGCUAUUACGAGAAACCGUUCCAGACCCGGAGACGUAUUAAUUUUGAACGGUGCAAAGCUAUUUACAACGAAGAUAUGAAUCGUAAAAUCCAAUUUGUACUUCGAAAAAAUCGAGUAGAACCGUUCCCGGGAUGUAAUUGAGCAGUGUUACCUAACGC